AAUCACGCAACCGCCUUAUAAACUCCUCUCUUCUGCCACAGAGUCGCUACACACACACACACCUCACACCGACAGAGAUCAACCCGGACCACACAGGAGACACACCACAAUACUCACCACCCUCAGAGAUGGCAUGGUGCAGAACAGUUCUAUGGUUCUGUCUUUUAGCAACAAUGUAUGAGAGACGCUGCUCUUCUCUUAGUAGUUUCUCCAACUCCCUCAGUCUGACACGUGCCGUCCGCUCCAACGUACAGAAUCUUCUACUCAGAUACAAACAAGAACAAUUUGGAGAUAAACACUUUGAUGACAAGAGAAUCGUAUUAAACACACUGCCACCAGUCACCAUAAACUAUCGGACCUGGCUUCAAAUGGAGGAUGCUGAGCGCUUGUUCCGUGCCUCUCGUGACCUUCAGUCGUUCUGGUCUCACCUGGAGAGUCAGCGUCAGAAACUGCAGGGAAACAGCGAUCAAGUUGAAGAGAGAGCGAUGAAGAUGAAGACGAGAAACAGGCGAGGAAGACCACUUCAGUCCUUAUCCCAGAGCAUUCUGGGAAUCCAGCUGGACCUCCGGGACCUCAUCAGACAAGUCAACUCUCAGCUACUUAGCAUGAGCACAUUAAACACACCUCCUCCGACCUCCACCUUGUCCACCACCGUUUCCUCGUCAACAUCCAGGCCGAGCGCAUCCUCGAUCAUGACCUCCACCGUGUCUCCACCUGGCUCCACUCGUUCAGCUCUGGACCUCAUCCUGUCCAUCAGUUCCCGCAGCACUGACGUCCCAUCGGUCCCUCAGCACAGAGAGCGUCAGCCUUCCCCGGGUCCGGUGCAGCAGAAAUCGGACACGUCUCGGUGGAUGUCGGUUCUCGAGGGCUACGUCAUCCUCCGUGACCUGGAGCGAUACCUAUGCAGGCUAGUGAGGGAUUAUACGCUGCUCCGGGCGAAAUCCUGAAAUCCUGACAUGUACACCAGCACGUGAAUGAAGAAAAAAAAAAGAAAAGAAAAGAAAAACGGAAAAAAAAGAGGGAAAACCAAGUUUUUAACCUUGCACAUAUGAGCAAAUACCAAUGCAGCACUAUUGCACCUUAAAUGCUGCAUUUUGUCUUUUUAUUUAUUUUUUUUAAACUUGUUAUAAUAAUGUCAUUUCUGAGAUCCUUAAGAAAGAAUAUGCUUCACAAUACUGCUGUGCAGUGGUUCUGCUGAUUGACUUCAUUUCAGGCCUCUGUUUACAUUUUUCCGGGUCAGAAAAAAAUCUCCCCGCCCCUUUUUUUUGUAAAAAGGGAUCCGAUUCGGCUUGGUUUUCACAAGAAGUCUAAAAUAACCGAUGACAAGCUGCUCCUUUUGUGGUCUACUACUGAUUAUUGUUUCCAAUCAGUGUUUAAUUUUAUACUCAUUUCAUUUGGUCCUUGAAUGAGGAACAGCGAUGAAACCGAGGCAGCUAUAUGACUUAACAUAUCCAGCCUGAUGUACGUUGAUCUUGGCUGUACCUCGAACACGAUUCACCCGGUCGUUAUUCUACAGUGUUUUAAAUGGAACGACAUUUCAGGAUACCUGAAUGUGAAUUUCAUGUGAAGUUGCAUUCGAGACAUUUUUUUAUCAUCUUCUUUUCUUCUGUGUAAAAGGGGCUGAACGAUACUUUAGGGGGAUUUCUGAAUUGAAUCCCCCUAAAAUAUGUCAAAAUGCUUAUUUGUGGCUUGGUCACAUAUUGUGCAAUGCUUGUGCAAAACAUUAUCUUACUAUCAUGAGGUUUACUAGCGUAUAGAUUGUGCAUUAUGUUACCUAAAUGAUUGACUUGAAUGACCAUCAGCUCCGCCGCUGUCGCUCCUGCUGUGUGUGAAGACCUCCACUAUACCGACUCAUCAACCUCAUCACUUAUCACCCGAACACCUUUUUGUCACGUCUCCUUUCAGCACAUUCUUGGAUUUUGCAGAUCUACAUUUAUGAAUGUUCGGAAGUUUAUUAGGGCUUGAAAAUGAAUCCUGGAUAUUUUCUUUUUUUUUAUGUUAAUGAUUAUUGCUGUUAUUUAUUUUGCAUCCACUGUGAAUUGAGAACCAAGUACAGGUUGUGUUAUUUAACUCUCUGUUGAAGUGAUAAUAAGAGUUUACAGUUUGCUGAACCAGUGCACAGGUUUAGACAAAGUGCAUGGUUUUGCUGUGCAUUUUUUUCUCUUUCAUCAUUUCCUCCCAAUAUAGUAUCGGUUUAGACUGUCUUAAGAAAAUCGCUGUGGUAUUUCCCAAACUAACCCAAACUUCCUCCUCCGUCUGUGAAUUAGGCAAGAACUGAAGGAUUGGUUGUUUUAGCCAACCUCUUCCCCUGUACUUUCCCUGUACUCAUACUCUUAUGUAUUUAUUCAGUAAUUUAUUUAUUUAUUUAUUUGUUCAUUCACUUAUUUAUUUAUCAGUAUUUAUUUAACA